UUCCAGCCCGCCGGCUAUUAGAAACACCAGGAUCUUUCAUUCGUGGGCUCAAGGUCCUGACGGACCCUUUUCUCAACCGGACUCUGUAUAGGUCUUACGGCUGCCGGUGCAUUAAAUUUGGGGUGCGAGGGGCCUUUUCGUUAAUUGCCCGCAGCGACUAACACGGCUUUGCCUUCUUUAAGAUUGCGGCCUCCGACUGUGAGACUGAAUGAAAAUUUUUUUAAAUGCGAGAACGCGGAGGUCCUCCGGCACAUCCCAAUUAGAGCCUAGUCACCAGAUUCAGGGGCAGUGUGAUUGGCUGGAGCGGCUCGGUCAUGUCCGCCCCGACGCGUCAGGGCCUCGCCCCCCUGGCUGUGGAGUAGUGGUCUCUGCAGCCAGAGGACUCGGUGCAGAAGACCUGUGGAAUCUCCGUCUCCAGCCGGCAGCGGAAGCCGCAGCCGCAGCCAUGGAGCCCGGUGCUUCCCCUGAGCCCGACUCGGCCGAAGUGUUGCCCCAGCACAAGUUCGACAGCGGGUCCCUAGAGGCCUAUCCAAACCAGCACUUGCCCGGCUUUGGGGCCGAGCCCGAGGCCAAGCUGACCGUUACCCAGUACAGAUCAGGACAGUCCAAUCCAACCUUUUAUCUUCGAAAGGGCUUUCAAGCAUAUGUACUCAGAAAAAAACCACCUGGUUCACUUCUUCCUAAAGCACAUCAGAUUGAUAGAGAAUUUAAAGUCACUUUGUUUUCAAUUGGAUUCCCCGUUCCCAAGCCUUUAUUGUACUGCAGUGAUCCUUCUGUCAUUGGAACAGAAUUUUACUUGAUGGACCAUGUGCAGGGUCGAAUCUUUCAUGAUUUUGCAAUUCCUGGAGUUAGCCCAGCAGAACGCUCAGCCAUGUAUGUGGCCAUGAUAGAAACCUUGGCUCACUUACAUUCCUUGAAUGUGCAGUCAUUGCAGCUGGAAGGAUAUGGUCGAGGUGCUGGCUAUUGCAAAAGACAGGUAUCAACCUGGACAGAGAAAUAUCAAGCUGUAGCUCAUCAAGACAUCCCUGCCAUGAAACAGCUAUCUGACUGGCUAAUGAAAAACUUGCCAGAUAAUGACAAUGAAGAAAAUUUGAUUCAUGGAGAUUACAAACUAGAUAACAUACUUUUCCACCCUACAGAGUGCUAAAUUAUAGCUAUACUGGAUUGGGAGCUUUCAACCAUUGGUCAUCCUUUGUCAGACUUAGCUCAUCUCUCCAUAUUCUACUUUUGGCCACGGACAGUCCCAGGGAUAUUUCAAAAUUUUUACUGUCAAGAAAACAUAGGGAUACCAUCAAUAGAAGAACUGAUUUCAAUAUAUUGCCGCUGCAGGGGAAUUAAUUCUAUUCUCCCUAACUGGAAUUUCUUUCUUGCCCUUGCAUAUUUUGAAAUGGCUGGAAUAUCACAGGGAAUGUAUAGUAGAUAUCUUCUGGGAAAUAAUGCAUCUGAGAAUAGCUUUCUGUUUGCCAAGGUUGUGCAACCUCUGGCAGAAACUGGAUUACAGCUUUCAAAAAGAACUUUCAGUACUACAACAUCACAGAUUGAUAUUUCCCAACAGUUGUUUGUACUGAGUAAGACCGGCCAGGAAGUUCUUGCUAGGGUGAAGCGUUUCAUGAAACAACACAUCCUUCCAGCUGAAAAGGAGGUAACUGAGUUCUAUGUUCAAAAUGAAAAUUCAGUGGACAGAUGGAAAAAACCUUUAGUGAUUGAUAAACUUAAGGAAAUGGCCAAAGCAGAAGGCCUCUGGAACUUGUUUUUGCCAGCUGUAAGCGGUCUCAGCCAGAUGGACUAUGCCUUGAUUGCUGAAGAAACAGGAAAAUGCUUUUUUGCUCCAGAUGUCUUUAACUGCCAAGCACCAGAUACAGGGAACAUGGAGUUGCUCUACCUAUAUGGAAGUGAAAAGCAGAAGCAGCAGUGGCUUGAGCCUCUUCUUCAAGGGAACAUUGCCUCCUGUUUCUGUAUGACAGAGCCCAACGUAGCGUCGAGUGAUGCCACAAAUAUUGAAUGUAGCAUCCAACGAGAUGGAGAUAGCUAUGUAAUUAAUGGCAAGAAAUGGUGGAGCAGUGGAGCUGGAAAUCCAAAGUGCACAAUUGCAAUUGUUUUGGGAAGAACCAAAAAUGCCUCUGCAACCAGAUACAAACAACACAGCAUGGUUCUUGUUCCUAUCAACACACCUGGAGUAGAAAUAAUAAGACCUUUGUCAGUUUUUGGCUACAUGGAUAAUUUCCAUGGAGGACAUUUUGAGAUCCAUUUUAAUCAAGUACGAGUUCCUGUCACCAAUUUAAUACUAGGUGAAGGUAGGGGAUUUGAAAUUGCCCAAGGCCGCCUUGGACCCAGCAGAAUCCAUCACUGUAUGAGAACAGUAGGAGUGGCAGAACGCGCUUUGCAGAUUAUGUGUGAACGGGCAACACAAAGGGUGGCCUUUAAGAAGAAACUGUUUUCACAUGAGGUUGUGGCUCACUGGAUUGCUGAAAGCCGCAUUGCCAUUGAGAAGAUACGUUUGUUGAUCCUGAAAGCCGCAGACAGCAUUGACACCCUGGGCUGGGCUGGCACUAGGAAGGAGAUUGCAAUGAUUAAAGUGGCCACCCCUCGGGCCGUCUGCAAAAUUAUUGACCGGGCGAUCCAAGUGUGUGGAGGUGCAGGUGUUUCCCAGGAUUACCCUCUGGCUAACAUGUAUGCCCUAACACGGGCUCUGCGCUUAGCGGAUGGGCCCGAUGAAGUGCACCUCUCGGCAAUCGCAGCGAUGGAGCUGCGGGACCAAGCUGGAGGCGUGAGGUCCAAGGUGUAGGAGGCGGCAGUGUCUCACCUUUACACAGACAUCACUGCCGCUAGCAUUUGCACCGGUUUGAGCGCAGGAUUAAUUACUCAUUUUCAGUAAACAUUUGAGCAUCUGUUUUGAUCACUAGGUUUUGUCAUUCAAGGGUCACAAAGGUUUAAGUUAAAUAUGAAAUUCUAUAGCUGCCAUCGUUCAGUCUAUUACCGAUGUGUUGAGCCUUUAUUUUUAAAACACGCAACUUGUAAAGAAAUAACGAAGUAAACUGGAGCGCUAAAGCAUAGGCCUAAAAAUAUUUUCACUUUUUGAUUCCCAGGAUCUGUUCCAUUUAAAUAAAUAUUCAAGGAGUCAUUGCUCUGUAAAAAAUACGGUGGGAUGUCCUUUCUAACGCUGGUUGUAGGGGGUGGCUUAACACUUUGUAGGACCACAGUGUUUGCACUGGAGAAAGAUGCAUGACUGAAUCAUUUUAGAAUUCGUAUAAGCCUCUUCAUAAUUCAACAGAAAGCAUUUAUACAUAAAAUCUGAAUGCAUUUUAAAGUUUACUAGAAAACAUGGCCCAUUAUGAGAAAACAUAAUUAAGAAGGUUUUUAAUUAUGUAUAAUAUAUUGAUGAGCACAGUGGAUAGUUUAAGCUACAAGAAAGUUAUUUAGUUUUGAGAAGAGAUUACAAACCAUCUGUUCUGAAUGCCAUCCCGUUAAUAUCAACACCCUAAGCAAACAUCCUACGGCUCUUUAAAUCAGUGCUGCCCAAUACAGUGGCCACUGGCCACAAGUGACUCUUGAGCACUUAUUUGUACCUAGUGCAACUGAGGAACUUUUGAUUGUGUAAAAUUUUAAUUAAAUAUCGUUCUUAACUAAGUUAACUAGAAAACUUUUAAGUAUGCUCGCAAUAACUUGGGUAUGUGAAUUGACUUUUUCAAAUGUAAAUUUUAUGAAAUCUAAAUAUGGAGCAAGUAUUUUGCCUGGAAAUUCAGCAUCCAAAUUAAGAAACAAAGUAAAUGUGAAAUACAUACCAAAUUUUGAAGACUUAGUGUGAGAAAAAAGUAAAAUAUCUCAUCAAUACUUUUUAAGUAGUGAUUAUAUAUGGAAAUGAUAAAAUGUGGAUGUAAGGCAUACCUUGUUUUAUUGUGCUUCACUUUUUGCACUUCUUACAAAUCAAAGGUUUAUGGCAACUCUGCAUCAAGCAACUCAGCACCAUUUUUCCAACAGCAUUUGCUCACUUCAUGUCUCUGUGUCACAUUUUGGUAAUCCUUGCACUAUUUCAAACUUGUUCAUUAUUAUUAUAUUUGAAUUGCUGCAAUCUCAUGAUAAAACUUGAACAGAUGAGGAGUUGCUUCUUAUGGAUGAGCACAGAAAGUCGUUUCUUGAGGUAGAAUCAACUCCUGGGGAAGAUGCUAUAAGGACUGUUGAAAUGACAAAGAUUUAGAAUAUGAUAUAAACUUAGUUGAUAAAGCAGUGGCAGGAUUUCAGAGGUUUGACUCCGAUUUUGAAAGUUCUGCUGUGGGUAAAAUGCUAUCAAAUAGCAUCACACGCUACAGAGAAAUAGUUCAUGAGGAAAAGAGUCAAUUUGUGCAGCAAACUUCAUUGUCAUAUUUUUAAAAAUUGCCCCAGCCAGGCCAACCUUCAGCAACCACCACCUUGGUCAGUGAGCAGCCAUCAACACGGAGGCAAGACCCUCUACCAGGAAAAAGAUUGUGACUCACUGAAAGUUCACGUGAUGGUUAGCAUAUUUUUUUUAGCAAAAAAAGUAUUUUUUUUAAGAUUUUAUUUUUAGGGGCGCCUGGGCGGCUCUGUUGGUUAAGUGUCUGCCUUCAGCUCGGGACAUGAUCUCAGCAUCCUGGCACAGAAACUGGGUUCUGAUUCCUGUGUGUCACAUGGGCCUCCUAAACUCCUAAAUUUGCCUUUGAUCCUUAACCUCUCUGCAUCUCAUUUUUCUUUCUGUACCCUGGGAUUAACUAUUAAAUCCAGAGGACCCUUAACCUACUGAGGGUUUAUUGUGACAAUCACUGAAGCCAUGUAGAAGCACUCAGCUAUUUCUGAACCACAGUAUUUUUAUAAGGUAUCCUCAUUUGAAGCAGAUAAAAUCUUAUAACCCAAGCUAUAGAACCUUAUUUCUAGUUUUAAAAGUUGUGACUUAGAAGAAAUCAGGAUUUUUUCUGAACAAUUAAAAUUAAAGGUUAUGUGUUGUACUUAAAAUUUUGUGAUAAUUUUUUCCUGUGCCUUUGAGGAAAACUGGCUAAAUUGCUGGCUGACUUAUUUCAUCUAUUUUUAUUUAUGUCUGCCAUAAACACAGCCAUCCCUAAGGCAAGUCAUUCCAUGUGGCCGAUAUUCACUUCUCUUCCCUAACUUUCAUUUAUUUAGAUAUGACAUUAUAAAGAAUAAUAUGGGUUGUUUUGAAAAGAAAAUUCCAGUCUCCAAGAAUGAAAAGAUCAAAGGACGCUUUGCCUCAGCCACGGUGAACGGAUGGACUGACUCUAAGUGUGGGAGCUCAGAGCCAUUUCUAGGAUGUCAUCAGGCUGUCCCUGGGAGUCACUGUGCAGCAGUACACCCGGAACGGUCAGCCAGGUUUGCCGUGCUCCCUGGUUCCGAAAGGACAAGUUGCCCUCUAUAAUAACCACCCGGCAGGAGGGCAGGAAGAAGGAGAGCUCACCAGGCACUGCUUUACCCAGCAAGACCUUGCCAAGAUUUGCAUUUGGUCAGCAGCAGGGAGGACGGGCCCCGUGACAGCCUGGCAGGGAAGUUCCCAGGAGGCUCCCGACAAAAGCGGUCAUGGAAGUUGUGGCAGUGCUUGUCCCGCGGUGUAGCCAGUUAAGGAUCUCUUUGAUAGUUGAUAUUUUAACCUUAGCAACAUACAGCAGAAAGUAUAAUCAUGAAGGAGCAGAUUUUCUCAUCAACCUGUGAUUAUUUAUAGAGGCUUCCCCAGGUCCACAUCACCCUAGCUCUUCCCGAACUGUGGUCUACUUACAUGUCCUAGGCAUGCCCGUUUUUUGUCCAGGAGAACCAGAGUACCUGAAAAGCAGCAAAGUCCAUGGCAGCAUUUAAGUAUUUUAUUAUUUUUUUCUAUUAUUUUUAUUUCAAGUUUUCAUAUAAAUU